AUGGCCACCACUACCGGCUCGCCCUCAGCCGCGGCUGAACAUCCUACGCAGCACUUUUCGCACGUGAACCACCACCACUCGCCCUCACCCCCGCCGGACAACGGCGAACCGAAGCAUGUCCUCAUCCUGUAUGCGUCGGAGACGGGCGACGCGCAGGACGUGGCCGAGAGAACGGCCCGAGCGUUCCGUGCCCAUCACCGCCGGGCAGUCACCAUAAGCAUGGACGCGUACGACAUUGCGGACUUGCCCCAUGAGCCGCUGCUCAUCCUCAUCACCAGCACACACGGUCGUGGCGAGCCACCUCCCGCGAUGCGUGGGCUGUGGGGCAAGCUCAUCCGUGCCGGCCUCCCAAACCACAUUCUCGAGGACGUACACUAUUCGGUGUAUGGGCUCGGGGACUCGUCGUACGAACGCUUCUGUUUUGCGGGUAAGAUGCUCGCGCGCAGAAUGGAUAGCCUCGGCGCGCAGAGUCUUGUGGAGCCUGCGUGGGGUGACGAGCGCGCGCCAGACGGAAUCGAGGAGACGUUCCUGCCAUGGCUGGAGCGCACGCUCGCAGCCAUCGUGCCGUACCUCCCUGGCCCGUCGCGCGCGCCUCGUCCAGACACCGAUCUCCCACCUCCUAUCUAUCAGCUGGAGCCGGUCGCGGACGGAAACGUCGCGAAAGAAAUGGACCGGCUACGCCUUGCCGGCGCAGAGUUGAGGGACUCGAACGCAGAGUACACUGACAUCCCUCCAACGGACGCCGGCGUGAACGGCAGCGGCAGCGACGUCAACGGCAUCGCGAACAGCGCACGCGCGAUGGUCUACCAUCCUGCUGGGUGGCACUGGUCGACGUUGAAGCAUAACAAGCGCGUUACGGCGCCAGGCUGGUGGCAGGAUGUGCGUGAGGUCGAGCUGGAGCUCGCGCCUGGAGUAACAUAUCCUCCCGGAGCUAUCUGCGCACUCCAGCCGCGAUGCUCCGACGCCGAGGUCGACACAUUCUUAGAGUCUAACAAGCUCGAGGCAGAGGCAGACAAAGUGUUCAUCAUUCGCUCGACAGUCCCUGACCAGCCCCUUCCGGCACAUCUACCUUCCGGGCCGACAACGCUCCGUACCCUCCUGACGCAUCACCUCGACCUGCGCAGUCCGCCACGGAAGAGCUUCUUCGAGUGGCUGCGACGGCUCAGCAAGGACGAGCGCGAGCAGGAGCGCCUUGAUGAUUUUAUCUCUGAUCCUGACGAGAUCCAUGACUACGCUACGCGCCCAAAGCGAACGAGUCUGGAGACCCUCGCCGACUUCCGCAUGACCACUAUCCCCAUGUCGCACAUCCUGGAAGUCAUAGGACCGCUGCGGAGACGCCAGUUCUCCAUUGCCAGUGAUUCUGAGGCGCAUCCCGGCAAGAUCCAACUCCUCAUCGCCCUGGUCGACUACAAGACCAACCUCAAGAUCCCACGCGUGGGACUGUGCUCGUCAUGGCUGGUCACGCUGCCAGAAGGAACCCGCAUCCCGUACACGCUGCUUCCACCAACUCUUCAUCUUCCUGCUGACAAUGUCCCCGUGAUUCUCGUAGGUCCGGGAACGGGCGUCGCGCCUAUGCGAGCUUUCCUGGAAGCACGCGUGCGGCGCGGAGCCGCCAAGGAUACGGCGCUGUACUUUGGCUUCCGUUCUCGUACGGCUGACUUGUACUUCCCGACCGACUGGGAAGAGGCAGAGGCUGCCGGGGCGCAUGUGUGCCUCGCUCCCUCACGAGACGGCAAGGACAAGGUGUAUGUGCAGGAUCUCAUCCGCAAGGACGCAGCCAUGAUCAACGACUGGGUUACCAAGCGUGGCGCUCACGUCUAUGUGUGUGGGUCCACGAACGCAAUGCCCCGUGCGGUGCGUGAAGCAAUCGCCUGGUGCAUCAGCUCGGAUGGUGCAGGGACGCUUUCCGCCACUGAGGCGGAGGAGUACGUGGACGCAAUGUUUGAUGGCGACCGUGGAGGAGAGGAGAGUUGGUAG